AUGGCGAAGGUGCCUCAGGUGUUCAAGGGUUGGAUGCAGUUCAAGCCGCCAAUGGUGCUGCUCCAAUGCGCAGUAGCGGAGAUCCUGGGAACCAUGUACUUCGUCUUCCAAGGCGUGCUCUGCUCCGCCGUCACCAGCGGAGGAGCUAAGGUCGAGCCUCUCACAACCGUGGUCAUCAUCGCGUUGGGUAACGGUGUUGGCUACGCUCUUGCUGUAGCCGGCACGAUUGGCGUUUCCGGUGGUCACCUGAAUCCGGCCACCACAGUCGCCAUGCUCGCUGCUGGCCUGAUUGACGUGGUGUCUGCUCUGGUCUACAUUAUCGGGCAGCUUGUGGGAUCGCUUGUUGGCGUUGGCCUUGCCACUGCCGUCCUGCCUUCGGCUCUCAACAGGAUCCUCGGUGCAGCGUCGCUUCCCGCGGGCACAUCAAAUGGCACGGGCUUCCUUGCAGUGCUUCUCUUCACCUCGCUCCUUAUCUUCACCGUUUUCUCCACCGCCGUGGAUCCCAGGGGUCCUAUUGCCCUCGCACCCCUCAUGAUUGGCCUUUCCAUCCUCACGACCACUGCCGUGGGUGUGCCGCUAUCCGGCGGAACUAUUAACCCCGCACAGGCGUUCGGUACGUCCGUGUGGCAGGGUGUGUGGACCAAUCACUGGAUCUACUGGCUUGCGCCGAUUCUGGCAGGCGUUGCCGUGGCAAUCCCGUACUCCGUGGUCUAUCUGCUGCCUCUCAGCAAAAAGAGUGCGGAGGAGGAAAAGAUUGAGGCUGUCUAG